AUGCUCACUUCCUGGCUUCAAUACGCCGCUCUUGCGCUGGCCUCCGUACAUGUGGCGUCAGCCACACAAGCUAUGGGUCGGCCCGCCAACGUCAACAAGACUAUAUCCGACGUCGACACCGCUAGUAAAUUCACCACGAAGCAUGUCUCCAAGCGUGCAUCUGCCGGAAAGGUCUCGAUGUCCUACUACCCUAACUGGGCUAUCUACAGCGCGCUUAACUUCCCGCCUACCGAGAUCGAUGCGAGCAAAUUGAGCCACAUCAUUUACUCGUUCGCGGACGCCCAAGCGGACAGUGGAACUGUCAUUCUGACGGAUUCAUGGGCCGAUGAGCAGAUACAUUACGAUGGAGACUCCUGGAGUGAUACAGGCAACAACUUGUACGGAUGCCUCAAGAGGAUGUACCUGCUCAAGCUUGCGAACCGCAACCUCAAAGUUCUCUUGUCCGUUGGUGGCUGGACGUACACCAACACCGAUCACCACUUCGACUCCAUUACCUCGGCGUCAUGGCGCUCUACAUUCGUUUCGAGCGCCGUUCAGCUCGUCAAGGACUACGGAUUCGACGGCAUUGACAUUGACUACGAGUACCCUUCCACUGCCGCCCAAGGCCAAGGCUUCGCCGAUCUUCUCACCGAGCUUCGCACGGCCUUCACCGCACUCCAGACCAGCAACGGUGACAGCGUUCCUUACCAGAUUACCGUGGCCGUCGCAGCUGGUCUCAGCAACGCCGCCAACUACGUCGUUCCUCAAAUGGACAAGGCCAUUGACUACUGGAACCUAAUGGCCUACGAUUACUCUGGAUCCUUCUCUACCGUCACCGCCCCGCAAGCGAACGUCUACGGCGGCGAGCUCACAGGCUUCUCCACCGACAAGGCCUUGACAUGGUACCUCGGCCAAGGCGCUACGGCCUCUAAGAUUGUCCUCGGUAUGCCCGCAUACGGUCAUGCCUUUGAGGGCACUACCGGCCUCGGCGCGACCUACACGACCACGGUCGCUGACGGCACUAUCGACGUCGGUAUCUAUGCGUACAAGCAGCUUCCUCUUUCUGGCGCCACCGUAUACGAGAACUCGACCGAUAUCUCCUCUUACUCGUACGACGCCAGCAAGAAGGAGCUCGUCUCUUACGACACGCCCAACAUUGUCAAGAAGAAGGCACAGUACGUUUUGGACAACAGCCUUGCUGGCUCGAUGUUCUGGGAUUUGGCUACGGACACCACGGGCGACAGCUCACUCAUGUAUGCGAGCGCAAGCGUCCUCGGCUCGCUCGACACGACCCAGAACCACAUCAACUACCCGAGCUCCAAGUGGGACAACAUCAAGAACAAUAUGGGCCAGUCGUCGUCGACCACGCCGACCUCUUCCGCUCCCGCCACGACCACAACGUCUGGCUCCGGCUCCGGCUCUGGUUCUUGCGCGAGCGUCGCGGCUUGGUCCUCGAGCACCAUCUACACCGCCGGCAUGACCGCUACAUACAAUGGCUCGCUGUACACCGCUAAGUGGUGGACGCAGGGUGACUUGCCUACAGGCACUUCUGGCGCUUGGGCGUUGACCAGUGCAUGCUGA